AUGUGGAAGACAGGCAAAUGGCUCAGGAGCUUCUUGACGGGGAAGAAGGAUGGAAAGAAAGAGAAAGCUGAAUCAUUUUCCUCUCCAUUGCCAAUCAAUAGUCAGUCAUCACCAAUCUCAGUGCCUGCUCCCAAGGAGAAAAGGGGAUGGAGAUAUCCGAGAUGGGCAGGUGCAGGGAAGAGUUUAAGUUCACAAGAACUGAGCACAAGUGUGCCACCACUUCAGAGGCUGUCGGAGGCUGCGAUUGACAAUAAAAGGCAUGCAAUGGCUGUUGCAGUGGCCACAGCUGCAGCUGCUGAUGCUGCUGUUGCUGUGGCACAGGCAGCAGCAGCUGUAGUACGCCUCACAACCGCUGCCACUAAACAAAAAGCCACUGCUGUCAAGGAAGAUGCAGCUACCAAAAUUCAGUCUGCUUUUCGUGCCUACCUGGCAAGAAAAGCUCUGUGUGCAUUGAGAGGCCUGGUAAAGCUGCAAGCUUUGGUAAGAGGCCACCUUGUCAGGAAGCAAGCUGCUGCUACUCUUCGUUGCAUGCAGGCUCUAGUGAUAGCUCAAGAGCGAGCUCGAGCCCGGAGGAUCCGCAUGGCUGAAGAGUCACAGGUUAUCCCACAGUGGCAGUCCAUCCACAGGAGAUCACCACAGCACCCACAAUCUAGACAAUCGCAUGAUAUGGAUAGAAAUUCCAACAAGAAUAUUGAGAUAGUGGAUCUGGAUCUUGGGGGAUCAAGAGGCAGUAUAAAGAGUAGAAAAAGUUAUUCAACCACAAAAACUGAAACAAAUGAGCAGCAGUUUUCUGGAUACUAUGAUCAAAAUUUUUCGCCCUCUAAUGUAGACCAGAAUCAACAGUUCUCACCUGCUCCAUCUGCCUUCACGGAAAUGAGUGGUAGGGCUUACAGUGGACAUUUCGAGGAUUUCACAUUCAUAACAGCACAGAGCAGUCCCCAGUACUUAUCAGCUAUUCCAGUUCCUGAUCCAACACACUCUUAUGGUCAUCCCUUCUUUCCCAACUACAUGGCAAACACUGAAUCUUCAAGAGCUAAGGCAAGGUCACAGAGUGCACCACGCCAGCGAACUGAUACAUUUGAGCGACAAACAAGCAGGCGGAGACUAUCAACAGAAGGAAGGAACAUUCCUAGAGUUGUAAAGAUGCAGCGAUCAUCUUCCCAUGUUGGCCUGAUAAUCGAUGGGUGUCAAUAUCCUUUGUCUUUCAAGUUAGAUAGGUCCAGCAUGUCCCUCAAAGACAGUGAAUGUGGUUCAACGAGCACUGUGCUAACAAAUACCAAUUACUGCAGCUGAUUGGCAGGUUUUGAGGUACAGUUUCAUAAAUAAGAAUAACAACUCUUUGAACAGACAUAUGAUUGGUCUUUGUUGCCGGAAACAGUGUCUGACAUGCCAUGAUAUUGUGCUUCCGGGUUCACAGUAACAGGCACUGCUUCUAAUUCUGACCAUCUCAGUUACUUGUAUGGAACAUGCAGAUUUGUGUAGAGGACACAAACAUCCGCUAUUUAGCUUCUCAAAAACAGCUGCAGAUUCGUGUUCAAGAAGCCACUUUGACAUAGAAUAGCAAUUCUUUUUCUUGACAUGUAAAAGUGAGUUGAAGCCAUCUAUCUUGUGUACUUCAUGUCUCUUGUUAUAGGUGGGUGUUGGCAGAGA